AUGGAAGACGUUCCAGUCUUCAGAGCUGCGAAGCGUAGAAAGUUUGUACGACCCCAGCAAGGAUCAUCCGCGGAAUCCCCCGAGGCAGCGUCUCCUAAGGUGGUCGAUGUGCUGUCUCGCGGCGGGAAUGAGAGUCUGGGUGACGAUGACGAUGAAGACGAUGGCGGUGUUUCGAGUCUAUUGCGUGCACGGAAACACGUUCGAAAGGUUGUAUCCGGUGUUCAAUUUUCAAAUACGAAAGUCGCGCAACAGUCCAGAGAAACCACGGGCAUGGAGGUUGUCAAAUCAGAUCAGGAUGUCGACAAGGCUAUAGACAUCACCAACCGUUUUGUCGGAAGCACAGGGCAGGUCGUCAACGUCGAUCAACAUAUGGUUGCGUUCAUAGAUUCCGAAAUGGCUAGGAGACGGCACAAUCUCGUCACCCCUUCAACUCUGCCGCAGGCAAGUCCAGAGACCGAUGUAUAUCACGAUGCUCCAUCGUUCGGUGAGGCUGGGUCGACGGCCAAGACAGCAUCUACAACGAAACCCACGUCUACCCGCCAGCUGGCCGAAGUCGACCUGGGAGAUUCUGUGCACGAUACUAACCUAGCCCGCACGCAAGCUGCGCUUGAACGUGUCAAAGCUGGCCAAGCCCCGGUCGAAGAAGUGGACAAGCCACCAAAGCCUCGAAAACCACGGCUAGGCCGAGAUGGCAAGCCCAUGAGGCCGCGGCCUAGAAAGCGAAGAAACAGCGAAGACAUUGCGCGAGAUGCUCUUGUGGAACAAUUCCUCCACGAAAACAAAAUAGACCUCUACGACACGAACACGUUAGGACUGGCAAGCGUCCAGCCGCCUGGUGACGAAGCUGCUGAAGAUGGUGGUACGGACGAUCGGUUUGCAGAGCAAUUCCGGCAGGAUUUCAUGGAUGCAAUGGCCGAGAGGAGGAACAGGGCCAGACAUGCACAUCAGCCAAAGGCAUCAACGGGUGUUACAACAGAGUCAAGGGGCCCAAAGUUAGGAGGCAGUCGAAGCGCACGAGCGAAGAUGAUGCAAUGGCAACAGCAGCAACGACAGCAAGGGGAGUCAGCAAAGAAGUGA